AACGCCGCUGUGAAUUGCAGUCCUGUCACGAACCCUCAACGUGGGCUGUGGAUGUGGCAGCCAGGCUGACGAGCGACGUGUCUUUGCUCCUGAAGUUUACUCAGCGUGUUAGGGCAGGUUUUCUCACGUUUGACUAUUGUGAGGUUUCGCUGCCAUGUUUGCCAAACUUCACUUAUGUUCUCACUUCCCACCCAGAAUCUGGCAAGUGAAAGUCAACGCUGCCUCUAUAAGAACAUUUUCCCAAGAAAAAUUUUCGCACCUGCGGUCCCAUGGCAAGUCUUUUGCCCAUCGGAGUGAGUUGAAGCAAGCCAAACGCAUCGUGGUGAAACUAGGGAGUGCUGUGGUGACACGGGGAGAUGAGUGCGGCCUGGCACUUGGGCGCCUGGCUUCCAUAGUUGAGCAGGUGGCCAUGCUGCAGAAUCAAGGCAGGGAGAUGAUGAUUGUAACCAGUGGAGCUGUGGCUUUUGGGAAACAGAGAUUAAGACAUGAAAUCCUGCUCUCUCAAAGUGUCAGACAAGCUUUACAUUCUAACCAGAAUCAGCUGAAAGAAAUGGCAAUUCCAGUUUUGGAGGCAAGGGCUUGUGCAGCCGCUGGACAGAGCGGUCUGAUGGCAUUGUAUGAAGCUAUGUUCACCCAAUACAGUAUCUGCACAGCACAAAUUUUAGUUACAAACUUGGACUUUCAUGAUGAGCAGAAGCGACGCAACCUUAACAGCACGCUUCUUGAACUUCUACGGAUGAACAUAGUUCCCAUUAUCAACACCAAUGAUGCUGUUGUGCCUCCCCCUGUUCCCAAUAGUGACAUACAGGGCAAAAAUGUAAUAAGCAUCAAAGAUAAUGACAGUUUAGCUGCCCGUCUGGCUGUUGAAAUGAAAGUGGACCUCCUAAUUGCCCUGUCUGAUGUUCAAGGCCUGUAUGACAGUCCUCCAGGAACAGAUGAUGCCAAACUCAUUGAUAUCUUUUAUCCUGGAGACCAGCAGACCAUCACUUAUGGAACCAAGUCCAGAGUGGGCAUUGGUGGCAUGGAGGCCAAGGUCAAAGCAGCCCUAUGGGCACUACAAGGUGGUUCGUCUGUGGUCAUUGCCAAUGGCACUGAUCCCAAAGUCACAGGACAUGUUAUCACAGAUAUUGUAGAAGGGAAAAAAGUUGGCACCUUCUUUUCAGAAGUAAAACCAGCAGGUCCCACUGUGGAGCAGCAGACAGAGAUGGCCCGUCAAGCUGGAAGAACGCUGGCUUCGCUUCAGCCAGAGCAGAGAGGAGAAAUCAUUUGCAGUCUUGCUGAAUUACUUACUGAGAAGAAGGAUGAGAUUCUCAGUGCAAACAAGAGAGACAUGGAGAUGGCAACAUCAUCAGGUCGUUUCUCCCAGGCUCUAAUCGACCGACUGAGCCUGUCAACAGCGAAACUUAACAGCCUCGCCAUCGGACUUCGCCAGCUAGCUGUGUCCUCCAGGGAUAGUGUAGGUAGGGUGCUGAGGAGAACCAGGAUUGCAAACAAUUUGGAGUUGGAGCAGAUCACUGUCCCUAUUGGUGUCUUGCUGGUUAUCUUUGAGUCACGUCCUGACUGUCUUCCACAGGUAUCUGCUUUGGCUAUUGCAAGUGGAAAUGCAUUGCUACUUAAAGGUGGCAAAGAAGCUUCCAACACCAACAGAAUUCUGCAUCAACUCACCCAAGAAGCGCUUUCUAUUCAUGGCGUCACAGAAGCUAUUCAACUGGUUAGCACACGAGAGGAGGUGGAAGAUUUAUGCAGACUGGACAAGGUCAUUGACCUGAUUAUUCCAAGAGGUUCGUCCCAAUUGGUGCGAGACAUCCAGAGAGCAGCAAAGGGUAUUCCAGUACUGGGCCACAGCGAGGGUGUCUGUCAUGUCUACAUCGACAGUGAAGCAAGCAUUGAUAAAGCUAUUGAAAUUGUCCGAGACUCUAAAUGCGACUACCCUGCAGCCUGCAAUGCAAUGGAAACCCUCCUCAUACAUAGAGACUUGUUGCGAACACCAAUAUUUGACCAGAUCAUCGAUAUGCUCAGGACAGAACAUGUUAAGAUACACGCUGGUCCCCGGUUUGCAUCUUAUUUAACAUUCAGUCCAUCUGAGGUAAAAUCCUUGCGCACAGAGUAUGGGGAUCUAGAGUGCUGCAUCGAAGUGGUGGAUAGCAUGCAAGAGGCUGUGGACCAUAUCCAUAAAUAUGGAAGCUCCCACACAGAUGUGAUUGUCACAGAAAAUGAAGAGACUGCUGAACAGUUCCUUCAGCAAGUUGAUAGUGCUUGCGUAUUCUUCAACUCAAGCUCUCGCUUCGCUGAUGGCUACCGCUUUGGUCUAGGUGCUGAGGUGGGGAUCAGCACAGCACGCAUCCAUGCCAGAGGCCCGGUGGGCUUAGAGGGGCUACUGACCACGAAAUGGGUGCUUCGAGGAGAAGGUCAUACUGUAGCCGACUUCUCUGAGCAAGGAAGUAUGAAAUACCUUCAUGAAAACAUCCCUAUUCCCCAGGGGAGCUUCAGCUAGACUCGUGCUAUCAAUGACUCAAAUUAACAAAUGAUGCAUGCAAAGGUGUGCAUAUGAAAGUAGCACUUAGCUGCUACAGAUUCAUUUCUUGUACAAAUGAAGUGUUACUGCAAAAAGAUUGCCUAUAGUACGGAAGGUUUGAUACACCAAACUAGUUUUUGGAGACCUGUGCACACUUUUUUUCCCCAGUUCAACUAAGAAUAAAUGUCAUGAGCCAAACAUAUACACCCAACAGAUCUGUUUGCUCCAGUGCUAAGGAAAGAGUUUUUACUGGCACAUCGGGGAUUUUUAACUUAUUUUUCUACAAACUGUAUCAUCGCCUUUUUUGCAAUUGAAUGUAAAAUAUCUUUGCAAUUAUCAUGUUUUUCUCUGAAUCGGAUAAUUUGAUUAAAUAUAUAUUAUGUUAGCUUCUGUUCAAUUUGCCUUUAUUUUCAUGAUUAUUCACACUGGUGUGGCUCAGUGAUACAGUAGUUGUUAGCAGGGGUGAAAGUGGGCCAGAACGGUCAGGAACG